UCGUACAGCCGAAUAUUUUUCGACAUCGAAAUUUAGUUUAUCCCGAGGUAACCGGUAGUGUCAGUGCCACUUCCAGUUUAUCCAGGAUUUUUUUUUAAUCAUGUCAUCGCUGUGGAUCCUUGUGUUAUCUGUGUUUUGCGUGACCAUGGGACAGGGUUUUGAUCUUGGACCAAUCGUGAGGAUUGCUCAGUGCAAAAUUAUGUGUAUUAAAACGCAUAGCACCGAUGGAACCUGCGAUCGAUCAUUCAACCCGGCUGAAAAUAUUUGCAAUGAUUGCUGGCAUAAUUGCGAUUCCCUCGAGACACAGUGGGAGGCCACGAAAUCCAUUUGCGAAGGAGACGAAAAUCUUCGUUGCGAAGGCUGCCAGACUGCCUGCUCUUAUCGCACAACAAGACCAGAGGAGGAAUACCUGCCAUCGAGUUUGCCAGCACCAACUAAAGGCCCAGUUAAAUUGGGUCGAUACGAUGUUGCAGUUGAGUUGCACCGAGUCGGUGGAGCCUGGAAGCCAUACGGUUAUUACUGCGGAUUACGACAGCCAUCAGUUCGUCCAGACAAUUGGAUCCUGGUGAUCCUUCAGGAUGGGAUCAGGCAUUACAGCUGGGAGGAGUGGACACCAACCCUGGAGUCUCUCAAGGAUGGGCCUUUGGUCGAAGCGACACUGUCCUGGCGUGACGUUGAUGACCAACUGAAGAGACAACGUGAUGUCGAGCAGAAGAGAUUCAACGAUCGUGUACGUCAGUCCUAUCUCGAGAAAUACGGUGAGAAGGUACUCGUGGAGUGGCGAGAGAGAAAGGACAGGCCCAUCCCCGAGGAGAUCUUCCGUAGAUUCUUCUUCAGAAGGAGAAACGAAGAUGAGCUACAGUUUGACAUGGGCUUCAGGGAUUCGUAUCCGGUUUUUAAAAAUCAGGCAUCAUCGGUCAGGCCGACGAUGGAGAAGCAGUCGUACGUUGUCUCGUGGGAGCCAGAAACUGGGGGACUCAUGGGUAAUCAGGUUGUUGAUACUAGAACUGCUCAGAUAUCACUUCUACCUGGUACUAAGUAUCUCGUGCGAAUUGCAUCGAAUGAUGGACCUGGCAGUUUCUCAAUUGAAAUCGACACAAGACCGAAAUCGGUUCAGGUUUGGCGGAUAAAAAAAAAGCUCGAGAAUUUUUACCCGUGGGCCGCUGUCACUGGAGUUAUGAGCGCUGCACUGGUGAUCAUGAUGGCUCUGAUUGUCAGACGAGUCAUCAAGAGCAAGAUUGUCGUUGACGAGGAGGAAGUCUAAUUCCAGAAUCUAUAUCCGUAUUAUUAAGAAUUUGCUCAAGUCACUGUAAUUAAGAGACUGCAUUCGAGUUUUCAUGUUAUCAGUUGACGUUGCUCGUGUACAUAUGUAAUAAUUCUGUAUUUAUUUGUAAAUAGUCGAUAAAAAUUGUAAAUAUGAAUGUAUAGAAACUGAAUGAUCGCAGUUAGUGUCAGAGAUGGAA